ACACGCAAAUGCCAAGCCGCCAUCUUUUUCCCAAAGUUGUUUACAUUUUGCAGCAAUAUCAGAUUUAUUUCGCUUGGUAUAUUUCCACUUUUACGUGGUUUUUUAAUGAAUUAACCAUGGAAACGAUUACCCAAGACUUAGCAGAUGAAUCUAAACAGGAUACGGCCAUUAAAUACUUGUGUCGAUGUUGUUUAUCAACAAAGAAUCGAAUGUGUGAUGUUUUCGCCUACACUUCGCAUUUUAGAGAUUUGGCCGGCAUUAACAUAUCAGAUUCGGAUGGGCUGCCUCGGUGGCUGUGUGCUGAAUGCUGCGCACUGCUGGAUAAGGCUGUCCGGUUCAGGAACAAGCUGGUCCGGGCUCACGUUAUGCUGUAUGAGUACUCAACCAGAUGUGCUCCGUUUCCAAUAGAUGCUCAAGACCCGGAGCUGGCCAAAUACCAGACUCCGCAGCUGAGCGCCACCUCCACCCUCACCGUUGAUACCUCCGGGCGCGGACGCAAUGGCUUCCAUAAGGUUCUGGAGCACAAAAAGCAGUUCAUAAUCUCCGACCUGAACACUGUACCAGUUUGCGACGCCCCCGCGCCCCCCCUCCCUUUGUCAAACUACCCCCUACUGGGUAUACCAGAAGUACCUAAUGAUUUGGGGGCUGUGAAUAAAUUUGACUAUGAGAUAGUCAAAGAGGAACAAGGCAUGUCUGAUUUUGACGAUGACAUACCUUUGGAUGAGUAUAGAUCAAACAUAGACAAGGUGAUAGCUGAUGAUUUAUCAAAUUUACUAAAAGAUACAGAAGCCAUGGUCAAGACAGAGGAAGGAGAGAAAAAGAAAAGAAAGAAAAAGAAGGAUGACAAAAGUAAAAAGAAAAAGAGUAAAAUUAGAACCGAUGAAGAACUCGACAUCAAACCCACCCUAGAAAACCAAGAAGAAAAGCCGACCAUAAGAAAAUCAAUAGAAAUCGACCCGUUGAAGAUCAAAAUCAUUCAACUUAACCCUCAAGAGCAGAUUAAACAGAGAGAGGAAGAAAGCAAAAUGGAGGGUUAUUUGAAAUUGCCAUUUAAAUGUAGUCUGUGUUUCAAGGGAUUUAACUAUGAGAAUAAGUUGAUGAACCAUAUGCAGAAACAUAGUCCGUCCCGCGGCAAAUUUGAGUGCAAGCUGUGUCACAUGUACUUACCCACGCCAUAUUCCUUCAACGUGCAUUCACUGAUACACACACGGAGAUACGAGUGUUUGAAAUGCGGCCGCCGCAUGAUCGACCGAGCUUCCAUAGUCGAGCACUACCGAAGCACCCACGACGGCGUAGUCACCACCUACACGUGCCAGCUGUGCGGCAAGGUGUCCGGAAACAACAAGACGCACCGUGGCCACAUGCGCAACCACCACUCGGGCGCGCGCCCCGCGUGCCGCGCCUGCGGCAAGACCUUCGUCAACCAGGACUCGCUCAGGGACCACCAGCUAAUCCACGAAGGAGUAAAGAACUACUCGUGCCCGCUGUGCCCGCAAAAGUUCCGAACCCGGACUCAGGCGAAGCACCACCAGCUGAAGCACAGCGAUGUGAAGGAGUUCUACUGCGUGGAGUGUGAUGUUAGAUUCAAGUCUGCGCACAACCUGCGCAUGCAUCUGACGAAGAGCCUCAAACACAAGGACUUCACUAGCUUCAAAUACGGCUGCUCGCACUGCCCAAAGCGCUUCGAGUCGGAGCCACUACUCCGAAGACACUCGCUGGUGCAACACUGCCAGGUUUGUCAUGUGCGUCCCUACGAAUGUUCCGAGUGCGGCGCGCGGCUCGCGAGCAGAGCGUCUCUGUUAAAGCACUCUCGAGCUCACCGGGCGGCGCCGCAGCAGCCCAGCCACGUGUGCAGCGCCUGCGGGAAGGCUUUUAGGGCUAAGAGCGUCCUCCAGAACCACAUCCGCACCCACACCGGAGAGAAGCCGUACCCGUGCCGCGUGUGCGGGCGCCGGUUCGCACAGCGGACGGCUGCUAGUACGCAUUUGAAGCUCGUUCACUUGAAGAUUAAGAGGGGGGAUAAGAUAGCUCCAAACGCGCUAGCCAUAGCAAUCAACGACCUCAAACCCCGAGACUACAACCCCGACAUGCCGGCCAUAGAGGAGGACAAAACCAAGAUGGCGGCCAAACAGGAAGUGACGACGGAAGACCCUGUUGCGUACGAACCGUGGCGGCAGCAGCCUUGUGAUAUGUUUUUGAGGCUAGAGUAG